UGGACCAGUUCCCUCAAGCCGGCCAGCCCGCCCUGUGCCAGUGUGAGGCUGCAGUGAGGAGAUGGAGGGGAACACGCUGUUUCUAAGUUCGAGUUGUCGGCAGGAGCCGGAAGACCGCAGGGAGAGCGGUUGCAAUGCGGGCUUGUGCCUGCAGAGAACGAACAUGAAUCAUGAGAAUACUUCCCAGCACCCCAGCCUCCUGCCAUGUCUGACCCCAUCACACUGAAUGUUGGGGGGAAGCUUUACACCACCUCACUGGCUACGCUGACCAGCUUCCCCGACUCCAUGCUGGGUGCCAUGUUCAGUGGGAAGAUGCCCACCAAGAGGGACAGCCAGGGCAAUUGCUUCAUUGACCGUGAUGGCAAAGUGUUCCGCUAUAUCCUCAACUUCCUGCGGACCUCGCACCUGGACCUGCCCGAGGACUUCCAGGAGAUGGGCCUGCUCCGCCGGGAAGCUGACUUCUACCAGGUGCAGCCCCUGAUUGAGGCACUGCAGGAGAAGGAGGUGGAGCUCUCCAAGGCAGAGAAGAACGCCAUGCUCAACAUCACACUGAAGAAGCGGGUUCAGACGGUCCACUUCACUGUGCGUGAGGCACCCCAGAUCUACAGCCUGUCAUCCUCCAGCAUGGAGGUCUUCAAUGCCAACAUCUUCAGCACCUCUUGCCUCUUCCUCAAGCUCCUAGGCUCCAAGCUCUUCUACUGCUCCAACGGCAAUCUCUCCUCCAUCACCAGCCACUUGCAGGACCCCAACCACCUGACUCUGGACUGGGUGGCCACUGUGGAGGGCCUGCCAGAGGAAGAGUACACCAAGCAGAACCUCAAGAGGCUGUGGGUGGUGCCCGCCAACAAGCAGAUCAAUAGUUUCCAGGUCUUCGUGGAGGAAGUGCUGAAAAUUGCUCUGAGUGAUGGCUUCUGCAUCGAUUCUUCUCACCCACAUGCUCUGGAUUUUAUGAAUAAUAAGAUUAUUCGAUUAAUACGGUACAGAUAAAAGAACCUCAGCAACACGGUAGUGGGGAGGUCUCAAGAAACUCCAUGCCAGCCAAGGUCUCGGAGAGUGUCUGGCCAGUGAUGCAAGGCAGGGGACUCUACUAAUCCAUAUUAACUACAUAGCAGGACUUGAUUCCCCCCGGGAUGAAAUCUGCCUUUUGGAAUUCACAUGUCCUCUAACCAGAACCACCUUUGUUCUUGCCAUUUUGAGCUGGAGAUGGACAGUUUUAUUAUGACAAGGGAAGAGCCAGCUGAGGUCCCCUAGAGGAGACCACGGGAGGACUUCCUGGCUGGGACAAAGGAGCAGCAGUUUUCUCACAUGCUCCAGGUCUCUCUCCCACCAGCCAAUGCCCCAUUUGCCCAUCUGUAAAAAGGGCCACAGGCAGAGGGAAUGGUUUAAGAACAAGAAGACAUAAUGUACUUGGCAUUUCCUGCCGCACCUGCUCUUCCCUCCCUAGGGAUGCAGCCAGCACCUGGGACUUGUUUGCCCAGGGCAGUCGUGUUUGGCCGGCCUGGAAUGUAGUGUUUUCAGAGCUCCGCCACUGGCCCCUCUGGGGCCAGGCUGAGCUGCAGCCUGGGCUUGGAGGAGUGAGCAGGCUCCAGAAGGUGGGGCCAACUUGAGGGAUUUUUGGCUUCAGAAAUGGGCUGCUGUCUCUAUGAAAAUGUGGAAGUAUCUGGAGCCAGGGUAAUGAAAGGUACUUCAUCAUCCAGCCUGCUGCCUGACUUUUGUAAUCCUUUUCCCCAUAAUUUGAGUUAUCCCCAAAAGAGGUCAGUCUAAACGGGGCUCUUACAGACUCUCAGGGUUGGAAAAUAAUUCAGUGGUUGAUUAGCUGUCCUCUGGUCCCAGCACCUUUGGGGGUGAGUGCCUCUGCCCAGGUAUCCCCAAGGGAUGGCCUAGGCUGGCUGGCACACCUCUGAUGAGGGCAGCACCCCCCAGGGGUUGAAAGUGUGGCUGGUAGGAAGUUCUUCCUUCUAUUAAGCCAGGAUCUGACCUGCCACUUCCUGUGCUGGAUCUUGGCCGCAGACCCUCGUUUUCAUCCAAGGUGCAUUUCUUCACCUUGAAAACAGUCACGUUGAGAGACCAGACACUUAGCAUUACUCAAGAGUGCAGACUUCACUGUGGGAUCUGCUGCAGGAGCUCUGCUCACCUUCUUCCACCCCUGUCAGUCCCCUGUGUUAUGUCCUCACCGUGUGUGUGUGUAUGUGACCCUUACUUCACCCAUCUUCCCCACCAACGAUGGCUCCACAUGCCUUUUGACCAUUUUCUAUUGGGAGGGGCAGACUCGCCACCCCUGGCGGGGGGCCUGCAGAAGGAGGUGUGGUCUCAGAGGGCAGUGUGCAGUGGGGAGCACAGCAGCAGUCUGAACCGUAGCACUGCCCUUGGAGCGGGUGUACAGCCCCCAGGACUCCAGGCCCUCCUCUGUGGGGGUGUGCUCAGAAGUAGUACAUGGGCCUUGUUGGGUUACAGUCUGGGCAUAGAAGCCCAAAGCCAAAACCCAGUGGGCUAUGAGCAGUGCAGGCCUCAGACCUGCACGUAAUUAUGAUUCACCCCUGGAGUGAGGAGGGCCAUGGCAGUCCCAAAGUCCUCCCUGCUGGGCAGAGGCCCUCAGACAAAGCCAAGGAAGAGGCCUCCUCUCAUUUGGCCCUGUGAGUUGGGAGCUUAUACGCUGGGCUCUGAGCAUAGCCAGGCCCCUUAACGGCUUAUCCAGGCCUUUCCUUCCCUACAGUGAACCUCGGAAUAUCUUACAGCUGUCACAGGCCACCAGGCCAACAGCAUUCUAGAAAGACCCUCACAGAGAACCCACUUUAGACCAAGCCACAGAAGCUGUGACCACAACAAAACAGUUUGAGGAUAAAAAACUGUUAUAAGUCACCACUGCCCUUUUUUUCCCCUCUCCAUAAAACUUCCCCUUCCCCAUCUUUUUGGUGCUUCCUAAUUCAAGCAGCUUGACUCUAGAGAGAAAAUGUGGAACCUGUGAAGCCACUAACAUACUGUGUGACUUUGUGCCUGUCACUCACCUCACUGAGCCACCUUCACGUCUUCAUCGGUGAAAUGGGCAUAACAGUAACACGUAACCCUACCUACCUCACAGGGCUGUUGUGAGGAGCAAAUGAAAUAAUGUAUGUGAGAAUAAAUGAUAAA